CGAACCAACGCUACUCUUUCUAAAACCGUUGUUACACUACGUUUCCUUUUCCUGAUUUAUCUCUAAUUCCUUAAAUCUCUAUAAAUUCGAUCGAUCCAAAACCCAAGUUUGUUCUGUCAUUCUCGAAGCAAAACUCGAAGAAAAUUUCUGAUUUCCUGUUCCCUAACGGUUUGGGGAUUGGGGUGUUUCUCUUGUUGAUCUGUGGGAAAGAAUUCGUUUUCUGGGUCUUCGUUUUCUUUUUUUGCGAAAAUCGAAACUAUGGAUGAUAGGAGAAGACGUCAGGGAGUGGGUGAACAUUAUCAUCAAGAAUCGCCUAGAACACCCACAAGAUCGCAAAGCAGAAAACCCCCUCCUGGGGCCUGGCAUCCUACGGUACCGUCAUGGGAGAAGAAAUUUUGCACCUCAGUUGGUUUAAUUCCAUGGGGAAAACUCUUGGAAGCUAAGAAGUUGAUGUCAUUCUAUGAGAAUGUGCUUCAGUGGAAUGAUUCAGCUGGUGAAGAGGCAUUCUACAAUGCGAAGAACCGGUUUUGGGCAGAGAUCAACGGCCUUCCCUGCAGCAUUUCCCUGCCUGACCCUGAUAUAUACAUCGAUGAAGUUGACUGGGAUUCUGAUAUUGAUCCAGAGCUUUUGUUGGAUUUAGAGAGAGAACUGGCUCCUCCAGAUGAAGAUGACAUUGAGGGGAAGUCUAGGCUUAUUGGUGAUUCUCUAUUCUUCUUAAAUAUGCCAGUUCCAUGCUCUGGAUGGGGUGAUGUUGAGGAGGAUCCUGUUAAAACUGUUGAUGACUCAUUGAGACCAGGAUUGCAAGAUUGUGGGCAAAAUGCCAAUGGUUCCAACAAUCCUUGGGAUCGGGAAUGUGCUCGGGGAAACAAUACACUGGGGAGUAACAACACAUGGGGAGACUAUGGGGCUAACUCAUGGGAUAGCAACCAGUGGGAGAACAAUAACAAUAACCAUAACUGGGAGAAUCCAGAACCCAGGAGCAAUAGUAAUUGGGGGGGAACAUGGAAGAGAGAUGGUGCCAACCAGUACAGCAACAUGUCGAGGUAUAAGACAUCAAGGUUUCAAGGAGCUGACUACCAGACUGAUCAUGGGUGGAAGAAUGGUCGAGGGAGGAAAAGGGUAAAUUUCUUCUACGAGCGCCCCCUGGUUGAUAAAAAGCCCUUGGCUUCACAACAAUGGAACUCAAUCCAUUCUUGCGGGCCAAUUAGUCAUCAUGGAUCAAGGGAAGCAGGCGGCAACCCAUGGAGUUGGGAGAAACCUGUUUCUUAGAGUUCGAAUGUGUACCUAUUUUAUUAUCAUUUUUGUUGCUGUAUAACUGAGUAUUCUAACCCACUCCGGUGUGCAAUUCAGCCUCACAUUGGAAUGGGACAAUAUACUAGGUACUUGUUUGAAUUAUUUCAAUUUGUGUAUGCAAAUAUUCUGCUUCGGAAGGGUUUUGAGUCCAUAUGAAAUUUUGGUUGAAGCUUGGUUGGUACUUUGCCAGCAAAAGAGGCUGAUGUAUGUAAACCAGCCAUAUUUUUUUUUUUUAUCUCUAAACUGUAAUCUUGCUCUUGAUUGAUGAAAUCUUAUUGGAAUAUCAACAAAUUUAUUCUACCUGUUCUCUUA